GCGCCAUUAAAUUUCUGGAAACAUUGCGAGAUGAUGUAUUUCUUAAUUAAGUGCGAGCAAUAUUAUGUAUUGCAUAAAAAAAAAUUAAAACAGUGGAAGGAAGUAAAAUGCGCAUUGCAAAAUUUAGCAAAUGCAGUUUCGAAGCGGAGAUUAUUGAUUCGCGAGAAGAUCGUGAAAUACUGGACCAGCAAUGUCAAGAACUUAAUAAGGACUUACUAGAAGCAGCCACUAAGUUAAAUGAAAGUGAAGCAACAACGAACGAUGAUAAAUCCGAGGCGCCAUUAGCAGCUUAUAAGUCAAAUACUGACACAACAAAUAAAAGCAACCUGGGACAAUUUGAAGCUUUCGGUAUGUGUGCAAUUAUUAAAACUAAGCCAGGACAAAAUAAAAAAUCAUUUGCAUUACACUUCUGACAGAGUUA